AUGGCCGACGCAACUCAGAUCGAGGCAGAAUUCCCCGAUCCGGAAAGAGGACGCCCAUCUACGCCAACGACUAGCCCUGAUGCCGAUCGAUACCUGAGCGGCGAUACUGAGGGCGGCGGGAUAAGUGAGAGCAUGCCGGACAAGGCCACCGAUCGGACGGACACCAAGGAUAUUAAGACGAAGAAUCAGACUGGCACCAAGGAUAUCGAGCCGAAAACGGAAAAUCAAACCCAGAUCCAACUCGAUCAAGCCCAGAUUAAACUCGAUCCCGGCGAAGAACCCGACGCAAAACUACUGAUCUGGCCGACUGAGGGCAAGGAGCUACAGCGACCCACCCCACAGGAUGCCGAGGACGAUGAGGAGGUAUACUACCAUGACAGUGGUGACCUCUCAGCGGAAAAUCUUGAAGGAAAUCUCGCUGUCCUCCCCGAAAUCCUGAUCUUGACGACUGCGAAGGUGAGCAUUGAGGAUCCACAGGUAGGAGACUCCGGAUCGGCCACACCCGAGGAGAUCAAGAGGCUUCGGCAGAUAAUCUGGAAGAAGCGACAUCUGCUGAUCGGCAAAGGGAACGCCUUACCCCCGGCGGCCAAGGGCGUCGUAUGCGAUAUCGAUGUUGGAAACGCGAAGCCGAUCGCACCGCGAACCCGGAAAGUGCCCACGCGAUUCCACGAAAAGGUCGCAGGCCUGAUCAAGGGCCUCCUGGCAGCCGAGAUCUUCCGACCCUCGACAUCGCCAUGGGCCUCACCGAUCGGGAUAGUUCGCAAAAUUAACGGUGUGGAUUCAGGUUGUGUAUUGACUACAAGUGGGUAA